GCCUGUGGGAGGGAAGUAACUCUGCAGCAUUAAAGCGGGGGAACAAUCCUAUCUGUCCUUCUCUUUGCAUAUUCAAGGAAUCAGUCAUGGCUGCAGAAGCAAAGCAUUCUUGCUAUGAGGGCAGUGCUGUCCAAAGCUUUCAGUUCUACCUAGAACACUCGGGAGAGCACGAGGCCAUUCUCCAGUGUCUUCACAAGAUCCUGCCAGGAGAAUUUACAAGACUUGGAGCAGGUAAACGCAGCCUGGAUGUUCUUGGUGUUGGAAGUGGUGGAGGGGAGGUGGAUACCCAGAUGCUCACUCUGCUGCAGUCGACAUUCCCUGCUGUCCCGAUCACUGCUGACAUUGUGGAGGGAAGCUCAAAUCUCACAGACAACUUCAAAACUUUGGUAGCAAAGACCACCAACCUUCAGAAGAUCCCAUUUAGUUGGCAUAUCAUGAACAGUGAGGACUAUGAGAGGGAAGUCAAAGCAAAAGGAGACAUGAAAACAUUUGACUUCAUACACAUGAUUCAGAUGAUCUACUAUGUGGAUAACCUCGCAGACACCAUCAAGUUCUACCACAGACUUCUGAAGAACAAUGGCAGACUCAUGAUCAUCGUUGAAGCAGCUGAAGGUGGCUGGGACAACCUUUGGAAGACAUACAAGAAGGAGCUCUGUGUCGAUGCCAUCACAGAGUACCGCUCAGCAGGAGAGGUUAUUGCCUGCCUGAAGAGCCAGGGUCUGAAAUACGAAGAGCACGACAUUCCCAACUUCUUCGACAUCUCUGAGUGCUUCAAUCCAAGCAGCAAGACAGGAGAACGUCUGCUGAGUUUCAUGACAGCGAAAGAUCACUUCUCCCAGUCCUUCACCCCAGAGAUCAGAGCAGGCAUGUUAGACUUUCUCAGAAACAAUUCCAACGUUGAAAAAGAUGGCAGGGUACUAUUCAACAGUAAUGUGAGCUGCAUACUUGUUUAUGCUUGAGUAUAUUCUAUUCAAACAUGUAUGUACCAAAAGUAUGGUAUAUUUGCUUGUUGCUAAGAUUAAGUUUGUGCAGUACUAUUCAGUCUCUUUCGUCUAUAUUCAUCUCAUUUACUCUGCAUCUGUACUGAAAAGAUCAAUAAAAAAAAGAAAUUCAGUUGUA